AUGAAUUGUCUCACUAUUGAUCCUGCCCCUCUUGCAUUUGAGUCUUAUCAGUCAGGGGACUUCAUUAUCGGUGGGAUGGUUUCUCAGAUUUGUACCUUUUCCCCAGCAUUUAAUUUCAAGGAAUGUCCUUGGCAGGAGUUCUCUGAAUUCAGAAUGGUGGUGACAAAGUUCUACCAGCACAUCUUGGCCUUGGAUUUUGCUGUCAAUGAGAUCAAUAAGAAUCCCAAGAUCUUACCGAAUGUCACACUUGGAUUCCACAUCUAUGACAGCUACAACGAUGCUCAGAUGACCUAUCGUACCACCCUGGACCUUCUCUUCAAAUCCCACAGAUUUGUCCCCAACUAUGAAUGUGAUGCCAACAAAAAAUUAAUAGCCAUCAUUGGGGCACUUGCCUUUGAUGCCUCACUACACAUGGCAAAACUAUUAAAUAUCUACAAGAUUCCACAGGUAUGGAUUAUAACAGCCCAGAUUGAUUUUAUACUAGCAGAUGUAAGCCGGGAUUCCAAUUUGCAAGUGUUCCAAGGCGCCAUAUACUUCAAGAUUCACUCAAAUGAACUUUUUGGGUUUGAGAAAUUUCUUCAGAUGCUAAAGCCUGAUUGGUCAAAAGCAGAUGACUUUCUGGAGCUGUUCUGGGAACAAGCAUUUGACUGUUCUUUCCCAGAUCCCCUGGUACCUUACAAGGUCUCUGGAAGAUGCACUGGGGAGGAGAGGCUGGAGAACCUCCCUGCGCAUGCUUUUGAAAUGCCCAUGACCGGCCACAGCUACAGUAUUUAUAAUGCAGCUUAUGCUGUAGCACACGCUUUACAUGCCCUUUGCUCAUCUCGGGCCAACCACAGAGGAAUGGUGGGUGCCAAAAGUGCUGAACUAAAGAAUCUGCAACCUUGGCAGAUCCUGCCAAUUUCUGUCUGUAGUGAUUCCUGCCAACCUGGAUAUCGGAAGACAAAGGUGGAAGGGAAGAAGUUUUGCUGUUACGAUUGUAAUCCAUGUCCAAAAGGGAAGAUUUCAAAUCAAACUACCCCUGAUGACUGCUCUGAAUGCCCAGGAGAUCUAUAUCCAAACAAAGACCAAGAUGAAUGCAUCCCAAAAGUCAUAAGCUUCCUGUCCUUUGAAGAACCCUUAGGGAAAAGUUUAGCUUCCAUUGCUGUUUCUUUUUCCUUGAUCACAAUCUUGGUGUUGCACACCUUUAUUAAGCACAGGGAUACCCCCAUAGUCAAAGCCAACAAUCGGGGCCUCACUUACACUCUCCUCAUUUCUCUCCUGCUUUGCUUCCUCUCUUCUUUGUUGUUCAUCGGAAAGCCUGAGAAACUGACUUGCCUUCUUCAACAACCAGUUUUUGGUUUGAUCUUCUCAGUGGCUGUUUCAUGUGUGUUGGCCAAAACCAUCACUGUGGUUGUAGCUUUCAUGGCCAACAAGCCAGGGUCUACCAUGAGGAAGUGGGUGGGAAAAAGACUGGCCACCUCCAUUGUCCUUUCUUGCUCCCUCAUUCAAGUUGGCAUUUGUGUUGUGUGGCUCACAACCUCUCCCCCAUUCCUGGAUUUAGACAUGCAGUCAGUCCCUGAAGAAAUCACUAUGCAAUGUCAUGUAGGUUCUGCCAUCAUGUUUUAUCUUGUCCUAGGCUACAUGGCACUAUUGUCCAUCAUCAGCUUUUCCGUGGCUUUCUUAGCUAGGAAUUUGCCAGACACCUUUAAUGAAUCCAAAUUUAUCACCUUUAGUAUGCUGAUGUUCUGCAGUGUUUGGUUGUCAUUUUUUCCAGCCUACCUGAGCACCAAGGGCAAAUACAUGGUCGCAGUGGAGAUCUUCUCUAUCUUAGCUUCUAGUGCUGGGUUGUUAGGCUGUAUCUUCUCUCCAAAAUGUUACAUUCUUCUCUUCAAGCCUGAGCUGAACUCUUUACACACCACAAAGGAAAGGGCUUUUUUUAGCUAG